GCUGUUUCUUUUUUUUUUUCCCAUUAUUUUCACUGUUUUCUUUCAUUUCCCUUUGUAUAUAUAGGUAGAAUAGAUAUAUCUACUAGAAAACCUCCGAUUUCUAAGUUUAUAUGAACAAAUCUGAAGUUUUUUAAAAUCCCCGAACUUUUGUCCGAUUAAGACCAAAUCGCGGCGGCCGGAGACCGAUGAACGAUUUUCCGGCGACUAAGCGGUUCUGGACGCCGCGUUUUAGAACCUGGAUGAUAAGUAAAGCUUUUUGGUAUCUUCAAUUUACGUGAAUAAAUAAUUCUUUAUUGGGAAACCCAAAAAAAAGACGAAGCAGAAAGUGAGCGUAGGUGUUGUGUGGGGUUCUGUUCUGUCUUGGCAUUGUCUCCCUCCCGCUUAUUUCUCUCUGCUCUUCUCCACCAAAUUGUCUUUUACUUCACUUUUUUUCCUUUCUAAUAGACAUCUUUCUUAUCUCUAGCUCUAUCUCUUCCUUCUGCUAAUGGAGGAACAAAAAUCUUACUUUCAAACUCUUUGAUACCCUCUCUCCGUUUAUGGGUUUUACUUGUUUUGUUGUAAUCUGAUUAUAAAGCGAAAAAAUAACUUUUUUACUUGUCUCUUUGCUCAAAGAAGCUCUUCUAUGGAGCUUUACUUGAAUACUUAAAUUGCUGAGGUGGAGGAAGACGAGAAUGGUGAAGGAAGAGUAAAGGGUAGGCUAGGAGUUUCACCAUCGUCUUCUUCUUAGUAAUAACUCAGGAGCUCAAUUUUUUUAUAAAUCUAUAUUUUUAUAUAAAAAAAAUUACAAAUAUUAUAGAUAAAAUUGAAAAGAGCCCAAAAUUAUUUGAUAUGUAUAUAGCUUUAUUUUUAAUUAAAAAUAUAUAAAAUAUUACUAUUAAAUUUUAAAAAUAUUUUAAAUAUUAUCUGCAUGUACAUUUUAAAGGAUAAGACAUUUUUUUUUGCCUUUACCCCUCUAACCAUGUUGAGCAGGCGCUGUAUAGUUUGAUAUUCAUCUCCUCUUGCCAAAUUUAACCUCAGUCCCCAAAUCUUCUGCAGGGUGGUUGAUGUUCAGUUGCUUGGAAAAGGUUAAUAAGGAAACUGAUGAGGUAUAUACUCAAGUCACUCUACUUCCACUGCAAGAGUUUUCAAUGCUAAAUGAGGAGGGGAAAGAGGUCAGGGAAGAAAGGAAUGGAAGCUCAUCUGUCAAAAGAACAACACCUCAUAUGUUCUGCAAAACCUUAACAGCUUCUGACACAAGCACCCAUGGAGGGUUCUCUGUACCUAGAAGAGCCGCUGAAGAUUGUUUCCCACCUCUUGAUUACAAACAACAGAGGCCAUCUCAUGAGCUCAUUGCAAAGGACCUCCAUGGAGUAGAGUGGAAGUUUCGGCAUAUAUAUCGAGGUCAACCAAGGAGGCAUCUGCUCCCCACUGGUUGGAGUAUCUUUGUCAGUCAAAAGAAUCUUGUCUCUGGUGACGCCGUCCUCUUUCUUAGAGAUGAAGAUGGAGAGCUGAGGUUGGGAGUCAGAAGAUCUGCACGGCCAAGAAACGGCCUUCUUGAUUCAGUCACUGAGAAGAACUCAUGUUCCAACAUUCUGUCUCUUGUGGCUAAUGCUGUAAUUACAAAAAGCAUGUUUCAUGUGUUUUACAGCCCAAGAGCGACGCAUGCAGAGUUUGUGAUUCCAUAUGAGAAGUACAUCACAAGCAUCAGGAAACCCAUUUCCAUAGGCACAAGAUUCAGAAUGAGAUUUGAAAUGGGUGAUUCUCCUGAGAGAAGAUGCGCUGGUGUAGUGACUGGAGUCUGUGACUUGGACCCGUACAGGUGGCUAAACUCUAAAUGGAGGUGCUUGUUGGUGAGAUGGGAUGAGGCUUUUAUGAGCGAUCACUAAGAAAGAGUUUCCCCUUGGGAGAUUGACCUCUCGGUUUCUCUCCCACCCUUAAGCAUUAUUCAGUCAUCUCCAAGGCCUAAAAGGCCUUGGGCAGGUCUACUGGAUACUACUACUCCACAAGGAAACCCUUUAACUGGGGACCCUGAACAGCGGGUUUGAAGAUGGUUGGUAGACACCAACACUGAUGAUGAGAGACUCUCCUUUACUUCAGAUAAGGUGUAUGUAACUGAUAGGAACAUUGCGGAAAGAUCUUGUCCCAGUUUCUCGAUGGAACUCUCUCGAAAGCUUUUGGUCGGCAAGAGCAGUUGAAUGACUCUAGAACCGUAGCCAAAGCGGUAGGAAAAGGCCUCUUUUGCCUAAAUUUGGCUCUGAUAUUCAUGAGCAAUGGAGCAGAGAUUGUGUAAUCUCUACUGGCCUGUGAUAUCUGACACAACAAUGAAACUAAAUCAAGCAUAACAUCACGGCUUUGGGCUAUGCGAACCCUGUAGACUGAGGCUAAACUUCCAACUCUGGCCUGGCGGGAUGUCUGGUUGAAGGAGCUGUGGCCUGAGGAACCUGGAAGAGAGGUUGAGUAGCCGGUGGAGGAGUUAAGUUGGUGGCUAGGAGGAGGAGCGGCAGUGAAGAGGAUAUGGAGGUGCAAGCUUAAUUGAAUAAAGAACCAAGCCCAGACCCAUUUGAAAAAAAUAGAUCUAAAGUUUGGAACUUUCUCGGAGAAUGAAGAGCAUGAGCUAUAUAAUAGUGUAGGUGACGAGAUCCGUUUUUGUGCUUCUAUAAAGGUGACGAGAUCCGCUGGACUCACACAAAUGUUGAGCAGAUCUGGUUUCUCCACUAACUUUAAGAGGAUGAGCGACGGUGAGGACAGCAAACGACAAGGUGGCGGGGAUGAGAGGAGCUGCGGCGACGAUGCGGAAAAUCAGGGGAAAGACAGCUUGCAAACGAGACGACGAAACGAAGUAGAAGAUGCAGGGGUAGACGGAAGCCAUGAGGAGCAGGGGCCGACGCCGACGCCGAUGCCGGUGGCCUAAGGCACCAAGGGCGUCGAAGAUGGUGGCGUGACGGCGCACUUCGAUACUCGUGCCUGAGAGCUUCUCGUAUUAGGGCGAACUCUUGGGUGCAACAUGGUAAAUGCACAUCUCUUAAAACAUUUUAAUUGCGUGUGACUGAUUACUGUUUGACUUUUAGCAGAAAGGGGUGGUUUUUUGGACUUUGAGGAGUCGGUUAGACCCUCUAAGGUCUUGCAAGGUCAAGAAAAUAUAGGUUCUGCAUCAUCACCCUUACAGGGGUUUGAUGUUAUGAACCUCCGGAUACUAUACUGGAGUUGCAGUCCCAUGCAAAUCCAGUUCUUUUACCGAGUAGAGUUAAGGAAAGGUUUGUAGAUUCUACUCCCCUGGACCCAGCCUGUUCUUCAGGCGUUAUGGACCUGGAUAGCUUUCCUAUGGUCUUGCGAGGUCAAGAAGUUUGCUCGCUUCGAUCUUUCCCUCAACUUGCUGCUGCUUCAGGAAAAUCUAUUAUUGGAUACACUUCUCCAUUUGCUUAUCAAGACAACAAGUCAAGUUUCUAUCCGCUAGCGUCGCAAUGGAUUAGGAGCAUGCACAUUCCAUAUCAGAAUCCAUACAAAGCAGCAAACAAAUCCGUAGGUCACCCUUCUUGUGCAAUAAACUUUGGUGGGGUGACUAGAAACUUUGAUGCACAAAUAUGAAGGUGGCUUACCGAAGAAUGUUACAGCUGAUUUGCCAUUCAAGAUUGAUAUGAUGGUAAAGCAGAAAGGUGGCUGUAGACUUUUUGAUUCUCCUUACCUGUGGAGACACCAGCUGCAUCUAACCUGAGCAAAAGGAUCUGCACAAAACAAGGAAGCAUGGUGGGGAGAGCUACUGAUCUAUCCCGACUAAGUGGAUACAAUGAUCUCCUUACCGAGCUUGAACGCCUGUUUAACAUGGAAGGGCUUCUCAAGGACCCUGAAAAGGGAUGGAGGAUGAUGGAGGAUCUUGUACACCGAUAGUGAGGACGAUAUGAUGGUCGUGAUGAUCCAUGGCAAUACAUUUAUACACGAAAGAGGAAGUUGAGAAUGCGAGUGAUGAUAACAAGAGCUGUUUAGAACAAGCAGUUCUCAUGAUGGAAGCAUCAAAGUCAUCUUCUAUGACCCAGCCUGAUUAUUCUCCAACGGUUACUACUUACUAGAGUUUGAUAUUAACAAACCAGAAAGAAGCGUUUUUUUUUUUUUUUACUUUUUGUGCUUUCAAGUGUGUUUUGCCUACAAAAGACAUAAAAUAUUUUCACCUUGAUCUUUGUCUUUCUCUUUGUUUGAUUGUGUUAUUUCUGGUCUUCGUGUACUUCAAUCUUUUUACUCUUAGAAAGUUUGUGUUUAUGGGAUGUGUGGACCGUAUGAGUUUGGUUGGGCUGAGGUACGUCUUGAAUUUGCUAUAGAGAUGGUGUGCAUGGCUAGAAAUUUUCAGUAAAACAAGUUCAUAAUUA